AUGCCAGACCACACAACUUUAUAUGUUUGCUCGGCCUUCGUGGCAGGUGUCUCUGUGGCAUUGAUCUGCAAAGAAUUACUGUCAUCGCAUGACCAUGCCAAAGAUUCCACGGCAGCAAAUGAGCAUCCAACAGAGGCGGUUGUUGCACGAACAGGACCUCCUGCGAUCGUCGAAGGUAUCCAAGGCUGCAUAGGGAAUACUCAUCUCUUCCGCAUUAAAUCAUUAUCUGAUGCGACAGGAUGUGAGAUUUUGGGCAAGGCCGAAUUCUUGAACGGUGCUGGACAGAGUUCUAAAGACCGUGUGGCACUGAGUAUGAUCGAAAUUGCCGAAGAGAAGGGUAUCCUGACUCCUUACUCCGGGGAUACCAUAUACGAAGGCACAUCGGGAUCAACGGGGAUAUCUCUUGCAAGUCUCGCUCGAGCCAAGGGCUAUCUAGCUCAUAUCUGCAUGCCCUCGGACCAGGCAAUCGAAAAGUCCAAUCUGCUUUUGAAGCUCGGUGCAAUCGUCGACCGUGUGCCACCUGCGCCUAUUGUCGAGAAAGAAAACUUUGUGAACCGCGCACGGGCACUGGCACAGGCACACACGGAAUCAGCAUCAGUCUCAGUCACCUCGGAGCAGGAUGGUGGCCUCGAGACUCGUGAGAUCGAAGUCCGGGGCCGCGGGUUCUUCGCCGAUCAAUUUGAGAAUGAAGCCAAUUGGCGCGCUCAUCAUUCAGGCACCGGCCCUGAAAUCUACGCCCAGUGUAAUGGGAAAAUUGACGCCUUCGUUGCUGGCGCAGGGACUGGUGGCACUAUCUCAGGCGUCGCACGGUAUCUGAAGCCGUUACUGCCCAACAUGACCGUUGUGCUGGCAGAUCCACAAGGUAGCGGCCUGUACAAUCGUGUGAGAUACGGUGUGAUGUUCGACACAAAAGAACGGGAAGGAACUCGACGACGACCCCAAGUUGAUACGAUUGUCGAAGGCAUCGGAAUCAAUCGUGUUACAGCGAACUUUGAAGCUGGCAAGGAGCUUGUGGACGAUGCGGUGCGUGUGACGGAUGCUCAAGCCCUCGCUAUGGCACGGUGGUUGGUGGAGAAGGAUGGAAUUUUCAUCGGAAGUAGUAGUGCUGUGAACUGUUUCGCCGCGGUCAAGACGGCACAGAAGCUGGGACCGGGUCACCGGAUUGUGACCAUGCUAUCUGAUUCAGGAUCGAGGCAUUUAUCACGUUUCUGGGCUAAGGCCGGGGACGUUGGAGGGGCGAUCGACACGAAAUUGGAGGAGGUCCUUGCAGCGCGUGACGAGGACUUCCAAUAA